CAUGACUUUACGCGGCCUAGCCAAGGAAAGAAAAGGUGUUUGUGGUGUUGAGCCUAGGUGCAUCUGGCCCAUCGUAGGAGGACAAAAGCACUGAAGGGGCGUCUUCAAGAUGCACACAGUCAAAAGAGCGUCUGCAGCAGCUACUCUUGUAACAAGAGCUGCAACGAGGGUUGCCUGCAACACACGCAGGGUCCGAUACCAGAAUCGCUUGCCAAAUUAUUCUGUUCGACUGCUCACAUCCCAAACUGGGAAAACAGUACAUUUCAGCAGCCGAAAUGCUGUACCAGCAAAGCGAUUGGCUUUUCUGAGAAUUUCCCAGCCUGCCAGACCUUACAGCGAUGAAGGCCUCCCUAGCCAUGAGAAGGUUAUUUUACCAAACCUCUCACCAACAAUGGAGAGUGGAACAAUCGUUAGCUGGGAAAAGGAAGAAGGUCAAAGACUAAAUGAAGGUGAUGUUUUGGCUAUGAUAGAAACAGACAAAGCAACAAUGGAAAUGGAAACACCAGAGGAAGGAUACCUAGCCAAGAUUUUAGUUCCAGGCGGCACAAAAGAUGUACCAGUUAAGGAAAUAAUCUGUAUAAUUGUUGAAGAGGAAGCUGAUAUUGCUGCUUUUAAAGAUUACACCCUGCCUGCAUCUGCAGCUCCAGUAGAGGCCGCUCCGAAAAAGGAAGAACCAGUCCCAGAAGCACCAAAAGUGGAGCCACCACCAUCAAAAGCUCCAGAGCCUUCUCCAGCCAAAGAUGCAAAAUCAGCUCCUGUUAAAACAGAUGGACGAAUCAUGGUGAGCCCAUUGGCAAAGAAGCUCGCUGCGGAAAAAGGACUUGAUCUUAGCCUAAUCAGUGGAAGUGGACCUGGUGGCAGAAUUACUGUUUCAGACGUCGAAAACGCAACAGCAAAGGCUGCGCCUGCGCCAGCUGCUGCUCGUUCGCAAAUUCCUGUACAGCCUCCUCCCAGGGUCACUGUUACAGAAGGUAAAUAUGCAGACAUGGACUUAUCAAGCAUGAGAAAGACAAUAGCUAAGCGAUUACUGGAGGCAAAACAGACAAUCCCUCAUUACUAUUUAUCAAUCGAUGUAAACAUGGAUAAUGUAUUAAAAUUAAGACAAGAUCUGAACGGAUUGGCAAAGGACAGUUACAAACUGUCAGUGAAUGAUUUCAUCAUAAAGGCAUCCUCAUUGGCAUUGAAGAAAGUGCCUGAUUGCAAUUCCUCUUGGAUGGGAGAAUUUAUCAGAAGAUACUAUAACGUCGAUGUCAGUGUUGCGGUUAGCACGGACAACGGUCUCAUCACACCAAUUGUUUUCGAUGCUGAUAAAAAGGGACUCGUUGAUAUCAACACUGAUGUUAGAACUCUGGCUGAGAAGGCUAGAAACAAAUUACUGCAACCUAAUGAAUUUGUGGGUGGCACGUUUACUAUCUCUAAUCUCGGAAUGUAUGGAGUAAAGAAUUUCUCUGCAGUUAUAAACCCUCCCCAGAGCUGCAUUCUUGCUGUUGGUACAACAGAGAAAGCUUUGAUUCCUGAUGAAAGUGACGAGAAAGGGUACAAGGUAGCGAACAUGAUGAGUGUUACGUUGAGCUGCGAUCACCGAGUGGUUGAUGGCGCUGUCGGGGCGCAAUGGUUGCAGCACUUUAAAAGCUAUUUAGAAAAACCAUCGACAAUGUUAUUAUAAUUCAAAUGUUUUAUCGACUAUUCGUAGGCAACAACUGCAUGAUAAAUCAAAAGUAAAACAAAAAUUCCUAUUUCCCUUUUCACUCUAAUGAAAUAAAGUAUAAAUUGUGACUAAUUUGCCUUUUAGAGACAUAAGAUUCCACUCUGAUUACUUAAACCUUCCGUAAGAUAUGGAAAUAAUAUAUCUUCUGCAAGUCUAAAGGCGACAUCUUGAGCACCAAGCACCAAUGUUAGCUACAAAUUAAAUAGCUGGAAUUUCGCACUGUCAAAGUUUAUUCUUCUAAAAGAGAUAAAAUGUUGCUUAAAUUGUUUGCUAAGAAAAAAUGCAUUUUAUUUUAUCAUGUAUAUUUGAUCUGGAAUCUUAAGGUCUUUUGCCCCUCAAAGCGUGAAAUGUUUAUGUAAUCUUAAGCUCAGUUCAAAGUUACUAACUGGCUGUCAAAUUUUUUUUUAGUGUUCCAGUGUUGUAAUUGCAAACUGAUUUGUAUGUCUGUUAUGAAUAUUUGAAAAUUGUUUUCCAAAACAUAA